AAGCACUAUGUCUCCACUCAUCCAGCUCAGGGAACUUCACGCCUACAUAGGCGAUGCCAUUAAUGUCCUCGAAAAGGAAUGUUCAGAACACAAUGACCCCAUGGUCGACGUCCACUCGACCGAGGUUCACCCUCGUAUUACUCGCAUCCUCUCAGAAGAGGUCGGAAAUGCCGAGAAAACCAUUUUCGGAGCCGCUACCAUGCUCCAAGCGUCACUGAAUCCCCGAACCGUUCUUCGCGAUAAGAUACUGUCUUAUCAUAUCACCAAUGCUCUGCAGGUAGUCAAUGCAAAAGGCGUUGCAAAAAUUCUAGGAACAGGGAAGGUCUCGGCAAAGGACCUGGCAGGCGCAACGGGGAUCAAUCCAGAUAAGUUGACGAGGAUCAUGAGAUUGCUUUGUUCCAAUCUCAUAUUCUGCAAAGUCGAAGACGACGUCUAUGCCAACAAUGCUGUUUCCAUUCUCCUUGCUUCUGACGAAGCUCAAGCCUUGGUAGGUCAUUGUCUCGAGGACGUAAACCCAGUUGGAGUCAGUGGACUUUACGAGGCUCUUACCAAAGUCGAUCUAAAAGAUUCGUUUGCUUUAUCUGCAAGCCCUUUCGCAAUCACGAAGAGGACCGAGCUCUCUGUCUUUGAUUACUGGAAGAGACAUGAACCACAUGCCUUUUACCGUUUUCCCAAAGCCAUGUCUGCCCAUGCCGAGUAUGAUGGGUUUGCAGCAGCCAAGGCGUUCCCUUUUGCAGACAUGAGCGGAGGUGUCAUUGUUGACGUUGGAGGUUCCUUGGGACAAACGUCCAGGUUGUUUCUGGAAGAAAACUCCAAGAUCCAGCUGGUCCUUGAGGACAUGGAGCCUGUAGUGCGCGCAGCAGAAGAGCACUGGACCGUCAACCAUCCAGAUCUGAUUUCUCGCGUUACGUUCCAACCGUGCGACUUCUUCAAAACCCAACCGGUCAAGGGUGCCGAUGUCUACUAUCUGCAGAACAUCAUUCACGACUGGACGGACGAGGAUUGCGUGAAAAUUCUGGAGAACCUGAGGGACGCAAUGACUACUGAAUCUCGCCUCAUCAUCGCUGGCGUCGUUCCCCCAAGCCUGACAAAAGGACCAGCACCGAGGCCUCUUUUGCCAAACUAUUCCGAGUCCUUUGCCUUUUGCAGCGACCUUCAAAUGCUUUACAUGUGUAACAGCAGGGAGAGAACCGCAGCUGACCUGGACAGGCUCAUGAACCCGCUUGGGGUGAAGGUUGUCAAGGAGUGGAAGAACAGCGGAAGUUUCACGUUGACUGAGUGCAUGUUCGUCAAUUAAGUUAUGUACCCUGUUUGCAGUGCUAAAGACUUCUGUAUAAAUGCGACUGGCUUAUUGUCAUCAAUCAGCCUGGCUAGCUCAAUCGGUAGA